CCGCCCCCACGGAGAGGAGGAGAGAGCCAGGCCAGCCGCCGGCCCUCCCUCCGUGCCCCACUGCCUCCCCCGCCGGCCGGGCACCGGCCAUCCACCCAUCACCACUCACUUCAUCAUCAUCCCAAUAAAAACCCGGAGGCUGCCAUGGCGUCCUCCAUCUCCCUCGAAGACGUCCGCGACGGCGCCGUCGACCUGUCGAAGAUGCCGGUGGAGGAGGUGUUCGCGACGCUGCAGUGCGACCGGAAGGGGCUCACCGGCGCCGAGGGAGAGAGCCGGCUGCGGCUGUUCGGGCCGAACAAGCUGGAGGAGAAGAAGGAGAGCAAGCUGCUCAAGUUCUUGGGCUUCAUGUGGAACCCGCUCUCGUGGGUGAUGGAGAUCGCCGCCAUCAUGGCCAUCGUGCUCGCCAACGGCGGCGGCCGCCCGCCCGACUGGCAGGACUUCGUCGGCAUCGUGUCGCUGCUCAUCAUCAACUCCACCAUCAGCUACAUCGAGGAGGCCAACGCCGGGGACGCCGCGGCGGCGCUCAUGGCCGGGCUGGCGCCCAAGACAAAGCUGCUGAGGGAUGGGCGGUGGGAGGAGCAGGAGGCGGCGAUCCUGGUGCCCGGCGACAUCGUCAGCAUCAAGCUCGGCGACAUCAUCCCCGCCGACGCGAGGCUGCUCGAGGGCGACCCGCUGAAGAUCGACCAGUCGGCGCUCACCGGCGAGUCGAUGCCGGUGAACAAGCACCCGGGGCAGGAGGUGUUCUCGGGGUCCACGGUGAAGCAGGGCGAGAUCGAGGCCGUCGUCAUCGCCACCGGCGUGCACACGUUCUUCGGCAAGGCGGCGCACCUCGUCGACAGCACCAACAACGUCGGCCACUUCCAGCUGGUGCUCACCGCCAUCGGCAACUUCUGCAUCGUCUCCAUCGCCGCCGGCAUGCUGGUCGAGGUCCUCGUCAUGUACCCGAUCCAGCACCGCGCCUACCGCGACGGCAUCGACAACCUCCUCGUGCUCCUCAUCGGCGGCAUCCCCAUCGCCAUGCCCACCGUGCUGUCCGUCACCAUGGCCAUCGGCUCCCACCGGCUGUCGCAGCAGGGCGCCAUCACCAAGCGCAUGACCGCCAUCGAGGAGAUGGCCGGCAUGGACGUGCUCUGCAGCGACAAGACCGGCACCCUCACCCUCAACAAGCUCACCGUCGACAAGACCCUCAUCGAGGUCUGCUCCAAGGGCGUCGACAAGGACAUGGUCCUCCUCUACGCCGCCAGGGCGUCCCGCGUCGAGAACCAGGACGCCAUUGACACCUGCAUCGUCAACAUGCUCGCCGACCCCAAGGAGGCGCGCGCCGGCAUCCAAGAAGUCCACUUCCUCCCCUUCAACCCCGUCGACAAGCGCACCGCCAUCACCUACGUCGACGGCAAUGGCGACUGGCACAGGGUCAGCAAGGGCGCCCCCGAGCAGAUCAUCGACCUCUGCAACAUGGCCGCCGACGCCGAGAAGAAGAUCCACGCCUUGAUCGACAGCUACGCCGACCGGGGACUCCGGUCACUCGGCGUGUCGUACCAGCAGGUGCCGGAGAAGAACAAGGACAGCGCCGGCGAGCCGUGGCAGUUCAUCGGCUUGCUGCCGCUGUUCGACCCGCCGAGGCACGACAGCGCGGAGACCAUCCGCCGCGCGCUCCACCUCGGCGUCAACGUCAAGAUGAUCACCGGCGACCAGCUCGCCAUCGCCAAGGAGACGGGGCGGCGGCUCGGCAUGGGCACCAACAUGUACCCGUCGACCACCCUCCUCGGCGACAAGAACAGCCAGGUGAACGGCCUCCCCAUCGACGAGCUCAUCGAGCGCGCCGACGGCUUCGCCGGCGUGUUCCCGGAGCACAAGUACGAGAUCGUGAAGCGUCUCCAGGACCGGAAGCACAUCUGCGGGAUGACCGGCGACGGCGUGAACGACGCGCCGGCGCUGAAGAAGGCGGACAUCGGGAUCGCCGUCGACGACGCGACGGACGCGGCCCGGAGCGCGUCGGACAUCGUGCUGACGGAGCCCGGGCUGAGCGUGAUCGUGAGCGCCGUGCUGACGAGCCGCGCCAUCUUCCAGCGGAUGAAGAACUACACCAUCUACGCCGUGUCCAUCACCAUCCGCAUCGUGCUCGGCUUCCUCCUCAUCGCGAUCAUCUGGAAGUUCGACUUCGCGCCCUUCAUGGUGCUCAUCAUCGCCAUCCUCAACGACGGCACCAUCAUGACCAUCUCCAAGGACCGCGUCAAGCCGUCGCCCACCCCGGACUCGUGGAAGCUCAACGAGAUCUUCGUCACCGGCGUCGUGCUCGGCACCUACAUGGCGCUCGUCACCGUGCUCUUCUUCUACCUCGCGCACGACACCGACUUCUUCACGGAGGUGCUCGGGGCGAGGUCCAUCAGGGGGAGCGACAGGGAGCUCAUGGCGGCACUCUACCUCCAGGUGAGCAUCAUCAGCCAGGCGCUCAUCUUCGUGACGCGCUCCAGGAGCUGGUCCUUCGUCGAGAGGCCCGGCUUCUUGCUGCUCUUCGCCUUCUUCGCGGCGCAGCUCGUGGCCACGGCCAUCGCCGUCUACGCCAACUGGGACUUCUGCCGGAUGCAGGGCAUCGGCUGGGGGUGGGCCGCCGCCGUCUGGGAGUUCAGCCUCGUCACCUACCUCCCGCUCGACGUCCUCAAGUUCAUCAUCCGAUACUUCCUCAGCAGCAAGGGCUUGGACAACGUCCAGAACAAGUGAGAAAUUUCUGGGCGUGUGUCCCGCGCAGACGGCGUCCACGAACAAGAACUACGGCAAGGGCGAGCGCGAGGCGCAGUGGGCGGUGGAGCAGCGCGAGCUCCACGGCCUCACCCAGCCUGCCGCCGCCGCCGCCUCCGACCUCCUCGCCGAGCAGGCCGCGGUCGCGGAGUAUAUAGGCAAACCUUGAAAGCCUCCGGCCGGACAGCCGCCGGCGACGACUCCUAGCUCCAGCAGCUUCUUGCGAUCUCGCUCGCCGGCGACUGAGCAGAGUCAAGGGGGCAAGUCGAGUCGGUGGCGAAGCUGAAGGGGCUCGACGUGGAGAUGAUUCAGCAGAGCCACACCGUCUGAUCGGCUGGCCGCCGGUGGCCGGAGAGUUUGUCGCCGUAGGUGUACGUCUUGUGUUUGCGUGGUUUUGAGCGGGAAAGAGGUUCUGCAAAGAAAAAAAACAAAAAAAAUGCAUUCCGUCUGUUCAGUA